AUGAGCUUACCGAUGGUAUCUUCGCCAACGGAUGAAUUUGAAAUUGCUCGAUUGCUAUUGAUUGAUGGAUUCAAACGUUUGUAUGAAACGAUAAUGGGCCAUGAGUCGUUACGUGAUGACGAUUUGAUACUAUACUGUGGAUUGUUACAAACGGUAAACAAAGUACAGUUGAUUGAUCGAUUAGGGUCGGAGCCGAAUAUUGUCGGUUCGAUACAUGUAACCACUUCACAUGUUAUUUUUAAAGCUGAAGAUAGUGCGAAAGAAAUAUGGGUUCCAAACGGAUUAAUCGGAACAGUGGAGAAAGGAAUGCUUUCAGUAUUAGGAACACCGCUAACAGUGAAAUGUAAACAUUUUCUAACCUUAACUUUUUUAAUAACACGUGACAAAGAAUGCCAAGAUCUCGUGGAAACAUUGAACAAAUGCGGCAAACCUGUAAAUAUAACGGAUGUAUUUGCAUUUGAAAACAAAGAACGAAACGAUGAUAUUCGUUUGAAUGCGGAAAAACGCGGCUGGGAUCGAUUUGAUUGGGCUGUUGAAUUUGCCCGUCAGGGAAUUGGUACAGCGGAUGAUCGAAAAUGGAAAAUUACCGAUUUUAAUACGGGAUAUAAGUACUGUGAUACUUAUCCGGAAUGUUUGUGUGUCCCAUCCGCAACAACCACUCAAACCCUGAUAGGAUCAUGCAAGUUUCGUAGCCGUGCACGCCUGCCUGUUCUUACAUAUUUUCACCGGCCAAAUGCAGCUAGCAUCUCGAGAUGUGCUCAACCCUUAACGGGUUUUAGCGCACGUUGCGUUGAAGACGAAAUGCUGAUGGAUGCAAUAGCAAAGACGAAUCCUUCCAGUUCAACGCUUUAUUUAAUUGAUACACGACCAAAGAUGAAUGCUAUGGUUAAUAAAAUGCAAGGUAAAGGAUUUGAAAAUGUUCGGAAUUAUACAAAUUUACGAUUUCAUUUCUUCGAUAUUGACAAUAUACACAUUAUGAGAUCGAGUCUAAGCAAAUUAUUAGAAGCGUGUCAUCGAUCAAAAACGGUUUCGGAUUAUUAUAAACAGUUGGAAGCAUCCAGUUGGUUAAAACAUGUCCUUGCCCUGUUGGAAUGUGGCAAUUUUUUGGCCAUUUCAAUAGCACGUGGAAUUUCAUGCGUUGUACACUGUUCUGAUGGUUGGGAUCGUACGGCGCAAUCGGUCAGCAUUGCCCAAAUCUUACUGGAUCCGUUUUUUCGGACUAUAAAAGGUUUCCAGAUAUUGAUCGAGAAGGAUUGGCUUGGUUUUGGUCAUAAAUUUGACGAUCGAUGUGGCCAUAUUGGUGCUUUCAAUGACGAAGCAGCUCGAGAGGUAUCGCCUAUUUUCACUCAGUUUCUGGACGCGACAUUUCAAAUCAUGCGACAGUAUCCAUGUGCUUUCGAAUUCAACGAACGUUAUUUAAUCCAUAUGCACGAGCAUGCCUACUCUUGUCAGUUUGGUACAUUUCUUGGGAAUUGUGACAAAGACCGAAAGGAUCUCAAUCUAGCAAAAAGAACACAGUCUUUAUGGGCAUUUCUGGAUGACCGUCAUGACGAUUAUAUCAAUCCGUUAUAUGAAAUGAAUAAGUAUGGUUUUUUGGGAAAAAUAAACUUACAUCCAUCAGCGUUAGUUAUCUGGACAGCUAUGUACAAUCGUUUCGAUACCGGACUUUUGCCACGGGAAAAUACAAAUGAUGUAGCACUAUCAACAAUGGAACAUGUUGGCAUCUUGGAGGCACAUUUGGCUUCACUUCAAUCGAGAUUGGCAGAAUUGAAACUUUUAGUGGGAAAACAAACACCGGGAAGUGAAGUGAUGAGUGAUAGUGGCCAUUCUAGUUCUAUUUCUAACACUAUUACACCUGAAGCUUCUAAAAUUCCAGAGCGGAUUUCAGACGUCACUUCAUUAACUCAUAAUUACACAAUGGAUGAAAAAUGGAAGAAGAAUUCCUGGGAUGGAGGGCAAAAUAUCCAGGAAAGUGGCAUAUACGAUGCACUAUUCCCAUAUAGUGACAAUAAUAGUCCAUUGCCUGCUUUACGCUGGCAAUCAAUUCGUUCGGCAGAUGAAUGCUCAAAUAUUGAUUGCAGUGCGGAAUUUGUCACGCGUGGUGAGCGUCGUCUACACUGUUAUAGGUGCGGUAAAAUUCAUUGUCGUCGUUGCAUGAUGCUUACAUCAGAUGGUGUUGAGCGUGUUUGCAUUGCAUGUUCGGAAUUGGUUCAGCAAAACAAUUCAUAA